GGAGCUUCAUUCUGUCAAGAUGUCGUUCGGUUUUGCGGAUGAUAUCAGAUCAGCGUGAUUACAGCGACGAGACAGCUACAAAAUCAACCAAACCAGAAAUCUGUGACAUCAACAUUUACUAUGGAGCUAAAGAAAGCCAUUUCUGAAAGCGAAGCCACGGUGAAAACAUACGGCGCGCUGCAGGAGACACACCGGAGCAAAGACAAAGGCCAGAUGGACGUGUCCAUGGCUGAAAGCUCCAGGUCUGCAGUCGAGCUCGAGGCAGAGAUGGUUCGGAUCCAGCGUCUGCGUGAGGUUCUGGUGAGACGCGAGUCCGAGCUGCGCUUCAUGAUGGACGAUAUUCAUCUCUGCAAAGACAUUAUGAAGCUGAAGCAGGAGCUGAGGGAGAUAGUGGCAGUGCCAGAUGCAGAGAAGACUAAGAAACAUCAUCACAGAGAAGAGAAAUUAAUCCAGGAGAUUCAUCAGCUGGUGCAGAGGAGAGAUUUCCUGGUGGAUGAUGCUGAGGUCGAGCGUCUGAGGGAGCAGGAAGAAGAUAAAGAGAUGGCCGAGUUCCUCCGACAGAAGCUCAGUGUUACACAGAGAGAUUUGAAGCCCAGAAGGACUGAACCUCCAGCCAACAAACCCUCCAUCAGCAGCAGCAGCGCGGCGCUCGUGAAGGACUGCUGCGGAGCCACUCAGUGCCUCAUCAUGUGAACACCAUCACCCACAUCCAACAGAACUAAUCAGAUUACCACAAUUUGAUGAAUAUAAGUUUGGGAGCCGAGCAUUAAAAAGACGUUGAGCCCCUCUGUGACUCAGGAGGAGCACGAAACAUCCACCCGAAACACAAAACCCUGCUCAGAGAAGCAUUUGUUUAUUCUUCACUGUAGCGAUACGAGUCACGAAGAAUCACAUCAAACAGAAACUUAGUUAAGAAAUGUGAAAUAACACUGUUGUGAGUUUCCGGUGUAUGUUAGAGGCUCAUCAGAAGGGUUACACACACUUCAGGAUCCCCUGUAAAAAUCAAUCACUCAGUAAUCAUGACUGAAUUCAUAUUUCAUGGACAGUUCACCAAAUAUUCCUCUUUAAGGUCUGAAAGUGAUUCUGACAUUUGGGGGUUUUGUUACUCUUUUUCUAUAAAAAGGAACAUGUUCGUGAACACAGAAGUGGAUGUUCGUGAUAAAUGUGCAUAAACAUGCUCACUAUGUUUGGAGUUACUGCAUUUCUUUGCCUUUUGAAAUGUAGUGGUAUUUAAACGGCCUGAUGAUCAGACAUAAUCAGACAUAAACUGAAUCUGAAUGAAGCAGGACAUCAGCUCGUGAAUAUUCUGUAAAUAAAGUAUCUUCCUGCA